GGCCGCCCUGGCUUCAGUGACUUUCUUUAUUUUUUAAAAGAAGAAAAAAAAGAACCGACCGAGCAGCAGGAGGGUGGGAUGCAGAACUGAACAGGACAUACUGAAGGAGAAAAUAGAGGGAAAGCUAAUGCUACAAAAUAUGGAGUCUUACCCGAUGUACAUGUGUGUGUUUUACAAUACAUUGAUGUAGCCAGUCAAUAUUUUAUAUUUAUUUGAACUAUUUUUUGUGUGCGCAAUGACGAGGGUCGGUGUUUUGAGCAGGACCGCAGCGAUUGUGCUCUGUCUUUUGGGAUGCAAUGUGUGGAAAGCGGUAACCAAAACCCUGCAAGAUGACAACGCUCUAAAAGAGGUGACUCUGAAGGUUCACCUGAGUGAUGCCAGCACCCACCAGCCCCUGGGCGGAGCCACCAUCGAGCUCUUCGCCAACCACACCCCUGUAACCACAGAGACCUCUGCUGCCGACGGCAAUGCCUACCUGCGUUUUCCCUACCGCCUUGGAACCCUGCUGGUUGUCACAGCAACCAGACAGGGCUACGUGCCAAAUUCCGCCCCCUGGAGACCCACCAGACUGCCCGUGUUUUCCUCUCUCAGUCUGGAGCUGCUACCAGAGAGAGCUGCCACUCUGAUGGUGUAUGAAGACCUGAUACACAUUAACUCUGGAUCCCAAGGAUCGAGGGGUCAGUCCUGGGUUCAGUUCCAGCGUCGAGCCCUGAGCCUCCCUCCCAACUCGUCCUACAGCAAUCUCACUGCCCUGCUGACUGUGGCCAACAACCCCAGCCACAUCCAGCACUUCCCCUACCUACAGGGCCGGGGCAAUGGAACAGGAAGUGAGCGUAGGUUUGAGCUGACUCCAGUGGCGGCCAUCUCUGUCCACCUAUUGGCCAGCGAGGGGGUGGAGCUCCAGGUGAAUGGCCCAAUCAGCAUCUCCAUCUCUCUACCGGCCAAUAGCGGCCUGAAGGAGAACCAACACAUCCCAGCCUGGAGGUUCAAUCCCAGUCUAGGGGCCUGGUUGAAGAGCAGUCUGGGCUAUGUCCAGAGGGAGGGAGACCAGCUCAGCCUAACCUACAUCGCCCCUCAGCUGGGAUACUGGGUGGCUGCCAUGUCCCCACUAGACACAGGUCCGGUGGUGGCAAAGGACAUCAGUACGUACCACACAGUCUUCCUAUUGGCCAUACUGGGAGGCAUGGCUGUCAUCCUCCUCUGCCUGCUCUGUCUACUACUGUACUACUGCAGGCGUGGUUGUGUGAAGCCUCGUCUGUCCCAGCGGAAGCUGACUCUGUCGUCUGGUCUGGAGGGCAGUAAGAGAGACCAGUCCACCUCCAUGUCCCACCUCAUCAGCAGCGAGGUUCAUUUGGAGCUGGUCUCUACGACAGCAGAACCCGACAUGACCACGCCCAUGCUAAAACCCUCCUCCUACGAUCGACAUGACCUGGUCUCCCAUGGCAACCACAGUCACAUGUCGCUAGGAAACCACAGCCGAAGUCGUCAUGGCUCGUCGCUAGGCAACCUGACGCCGCGCAGCAGAGACUACCGUCAGUCUGUGGAGACGUUCCCGUUUAAGUCAGCCCUCUCCGCCGGGACGGAUGCCGGCUACCGCCAAUCAUACACCUCUAUCUGCUCAUCCAUCAAUCAGCUCCCAGAUAGACUUUCCUCCUCAAAUCAGGUGCAGGCGUCAGCAAGUCAAUUGAGUGGUGUUGGGGAGGGAGGGACUAGUGUGCGUGAGGCUACCUCGCCCUGCUCCCCACCUGUCUCCCCUAUCAGAGGGGAGGGGUGUGAGCGCAGACCCCCAGAUUACCUCCUGUCCCGGUCUGUGGACCACCUGGGCUCCCUGCCCCUCUCCCUCCCCAGGCCGGGCCAGCUGUUGUGCUGUGGCUCCGUGGACCUGCUGAGUGGAGGAGACGGUUACCCCAGGAGGAUCCGGCCCACCCUGGUGAUCCCAGCCCACUACAUGCGCCUGCCGGGGGAGCACCCGCUGUGUGGCCAGGCCCUGUUCUUACAGACUGACCAGCAGAGUGACCUGGAGACCAUCCAGGCUGAGCUCAACGCCUCACACUCCCAGCAGCCCCUGGGGCAAACACACGCCGAUUAUGCUAUCGCCUCAGCCAACCAGGGACAAGGAGAGGGGCAAGGGGAGUGGAGCAGCCUAUCAGAGUCCCUGUCUAUCCCGACAGCACUUGGGGAGGCAGGUAUUAUGCAAAUGAACGGCGAGGACACGCUAUUGGCUGAGAGGAAACUGAUGGAACUGCGGGGAGGGAAGCCCCUCACACACCCGCGCGCCUGGUUCGUCUCAUUGGACGGUCGGUCUAACGCCAUCAGACACUCUUACAUAGACUUGCAGCGGGCUGGGCAAGCCAAGGGGAAUCCAGGUGGAGGAGGUAGCCAUGGUAACAACAGUGGUGGUAGACAUGUCAACGGAAACGACGCAAGUCUGGACUCCGGGGUGGACCUGAAUGAGCCCAGAGCAGGGCGGAGGGGGAGGGAGGUAGAGAGGAAGGUAGGAGAGAGGGAAAGAGAAAAAGACAGAGAGAGGGGGAGGGCAAAAAGCGGCCCUCCUGCCAUGGCCUACACCCAGCUGGUAUAUGUGGAUGACCUGGAGGGGGAGACUCCUGAGUGUAGCCCCCAGGACAGCCCUUUAGGUCCAGGGUUGCAGAACACACAGGGACAUCAACAAGUAGAGGAAGAGGAGGAGGACAGAGGAGACGAAGAGGAACACAGAGGAGAGGGGAUGAUACAGGAAGAGGCUCCUUCACCCCUCUCCUCCCCCUCCUCCUCCUCCUCCUCACCACCCCCACUCACAGAGACAAAGGGCGUUGUUUUCAGGACUGAGCAUGACCAGACGGCCCUAUUGUCUGUUGCCCCUGACGACCACGGAGAGGAGGAGAAGAAGAGCCCCUGGCAGAAGCGGGAGGAGCGCCCCCUACUAGCAGUCUUUAACCUCAAAUGACCUUACUUCCCCUCCCACCACCCCACCCCAGAGUGACAUGAAGAAGGAAGUACAUCUGCACUGGGAGCUAAAUGGAACUGUCAGUGAAUGGAAACGAUUGGAACAGUUGGAAGUCCAUACAUUCUAAUGUCUAAUCCUUCCUGUGUAUCAUCAUAGCCCCACACUACAUGGACAGGCUAGACAUGCCAUAGAGACUUUGUCUGAGUGAUACUGAUGAACUCCUGAACUAAAAACAAACUUAACAACGUCAGAGAACAUGUAACGCACAACUGCUAUGCCUUUAGUAAAUUAGCUGUGUCAGCAAAAAGGGGCUGUGGAAUAAAGUAGAGACAGACAAUGUGUGUUUCAAUACUUAGCAGCAGCCUCCUUUCCUCAGUCUUAUCUGCUUCAGUCCACUGAUCUGAAAAGCAUAGGACAAGUAAAAGCAAUAUGGCGGAUGUCUACUGGCAGGUCUAGGUAGAAGGAGUAGUAGUGUUUUCAGAUCAGUAACUAGGACAGGACAUACAUACAGCAGGAAAGGAAGCUACUCUAAUGUAUAAUGCUGCACAGAUCUACGAUCAGUUUUCCCCCCACAAGUCUUAAUCUGGGCGGCAGGUAGCCUAGCAGUUAGAGAGGUGGGCCAGUAACGCAAAGAUCGCUGGUUCGAAUACCCAAGCCAAGAUGUUGAAAAAUCUGUCGAUGUGCCCUUGAGCAAGGCACUUAACCCUGAUUUGCUCCAGGGGCGCCGUACUACUAUGGCUGCAUCUAUCCAGUGUAUGUGACACUAAAACAUAUUUUGUUUUGUUAUUUUUUAGGUUUCCAUUUUCCAACGUUAGGGUACCUUAGAUUAGUGUGUGUGUAACUUCAGUUUCCCAUCCACACGACUGGUGAAUCAGAUAAUGGGAUACAGCCCCCCUCUGUUGGUGACUGUUGAUAUUGCAGCACUCUACCAGUGAGGUUUUAUAUGAAGGUUUUGUGUGUUGAACCACUGACUUCGGCAUACUUUGCUCUGAACGGCUGGCUAUGCAUCACUUUUAUACGGUUGCUUGAGAUGCCUUGUUUUGUAAUUUUAAGUACUCUGUGAUUUUAGUUGCCAAACUAUUCUACUCAAAUACGUUUCUGCUAUUUUCUACUCAGAUAUGUUUUAUUGUUUUUUUCCCUUACUGUAAGUACAGAGUUUUAACAGACACACACCCAAGCCUUUUCUCUGAAACCAAACCGCAUCCUGAUGUUUGGAAACCACUAUUAUCGACGUUUUCCAAGUGCCUUUGAACAAGUUGACUCGUACACAUCAGUUGAUCAGUUCAGCUAGCUGUUUAUUUCUCCUCUCCCCUGUUGAGCUCUAACCCUCCACUACCUCAUCCCUCUCUCCUCUCCUCCCUCUGUCCCUGGCAGACCAUGCAGCAUCCCCCUCUCUCCUCUCCUCCCUCUGUCCCUGGCAGAUAGCAUGCAGCAACCUCCUCUCUCCUCUCCUCCCUCCGUCCCUGGCAGAUAGCAUGCAGCAACCUCCUCUCUCCUCUCCUCCCUCUGUCCCUGGCAGAUAGCAUCCAGCAUCCCCCUCUCUCCUCUCCUCCCUCUGUCCCUGGCAGACUAUGCAGCAUCCCCCUCUCUCCUCUCCUCCCUCUGUCCCUGGCAGACCAUGCAGCAUCCCCCCUCUCCUCUCCUCCCUCUGUCCCUGGCAGACCAUGCAGCAUCCCCCUCUCUCCUCUCCUCCCUCUGUCCCUGGCAGACCAUGCAGCAUCCCCUCUCUCCUCUCCUCCCUCUGUCCCUGGCAGACAGCAUGCAGCAUCCCCUCUCUCCUCCCUCUGUCCCUGGCAGACCAUGCAGCAUCCCCCUCUCUCCUCUCCUCCCUCUGUCCCUGGCAGACCAUGCAGCAUCCCCCUCUCUCCUCUCCUCCCUCUGUCCCUGGCAGACCAUGCAGCAUCCCCCUCUCUCCUCUCCUCCCUCUGUCCCUGGCAGACCAUGCAGCAUCCCCCUCUCUCCUCUCCUCCCUCCGUCCCUGGCAGACCAUGCAGCAUCCCCCUCUCUCCUCUCCUCCCUCUGUCCCUGGCAGACAGCAUGCAGCAUCCCCCUCUCUCCUCUCCUCCCUCUGUCCCUGGCAGACCAUGCAGCAUCCCCCUCUCUCCUCUCCUCCCUCUGUCCCUGGCAGACAGCAUGCAGCAUCCCCCUCUCUCCUCUCCUCCCUCUGUCCCUGGCAGACCAUGCAGCAUCCCCCUCUCUCCUCUCCUCCCUCUGUCCCUGGCAGACCAUGCAGCAUCCCCCUCUCUCCUCUCCUCAGUCACAAAGGGAGGAUGCUGUGUGGCCGUAGCUAGAUUGUUUAUUGACUUUUGCAUCUGCCUCUGUGUGCCAGUGUUUUCAGCCCGUCUCUGUCUGUACUCAUGUCUUUCUGCACAAGCAUGUGCCUGAGUGUUCAUAUCUGUGCAUGCAGACAAUAUACUGCAGGUUGUGUGUGUGUGACAGCAUAUGACAACUGAGGCAUUACAGUGUAUAUAGUUCUCUCCUCUACAUGUUGACAUGUGAGCUAGUGUUGUGAAUGACCCCUCAUCCUCUCUCUCUCGCUCUGUACUCCAUCACCAUAGUAACCACUCUGGGAGAGUACUGUAUGUUACUGUUCCAUCCAUUCUGAAUGUCUUAACUGGUUGCUUGUAUUAUAAUUUACGCUUAUUAUUCUGAAUAAAGAGACAAACUGGA